AUGGCGGUGGAUGUGCCCCUCGUCGAGCCGGACGAGUCGAUGGAGGAAGAGGAGGUCCUUGCUUGCAUCCAUGUCCCCAGCCACGCAAGCCGGCCGCGGCCCGACGACGCGGCCAGCAACGGCAGCUGGGGCUCGGGGGGUGACUCCGACGAGGAUCCCAGCGGAAGUUUCGACUUCCCAGCUCUCGAAGAGCAGGUCCGGUCGGCCAUCCAACGGCUGAACGGCCAGGUGCUGCCGAAGCUGAACUGGAGUGCUCCCAAGGAUGCACGAUGGAUCCAUGGAACUCUGAAGUGCUGCAACCCCUCAGAAGUCUUCACGGUUCUCAAAGCGUCCGACUUCAUCUCGCACGACCUUUGCAACGCCUUCGACCAUUGUUUCUCACGUCCGCACGUCCCUGAUAGGACACGGCCGGAGAGCUUCAGCCUGAUUUUGAGGUUCAGGACCUUCAUCCGAGAUGGGCGCUUGAUGGCAAUCUCGCAGCGACAAACCUCAGGAUUCUUCGAGCAUUUGUUGAAGGAAGAUGAGGUCGAAGAAAUCAAGACUGCCAUCCGGAACUUUUUCGAGGAGAAGGUGCGUGGGAGGUUUCCUCUCCGUCGCUAUGUGAUGGAUCUCUAUGUGGACAUCCCUCCGCGGCGCAAGGUUUGGUUGGUGGACUUCUCCCCCUGGGGUCCCACCACGGAGCCCUUGUUGUUCGACUGGUCGGAGCUGCGAGCAGAGCUGCGAGCGAGCCGAGAGGAGGAGGAGGACCCGGUGCUGCGGGUCGUGAGGGAUCAAAGCGAGUGUCAUGGCAAGCUUGAGAGCUUCCAUCAGGUGCCCUUAGAGCUUGCAGAGCUCAAUAGCCAGGAAGGCAGCAUGGAUGUGGUGAGGGAGAUGCUGUUCUCCACGUGGCCGGCCACCAUAUCUGCCUCCGCUGCAGCUGUAGACGGUCCAGAUGAGGCAUACAAGUACGAGGAGUAUAGCGCGGACUCUGAGACGGUGCCCGACAUUUUAAGCACCUACAAGACCCACAUCGUUUUCCUGACAGACCGAACACGGUCGGAGCUGCAAACCUUGGGCUUGCCCGACGGCAAGGACGACCGAACACGGCCGAACACGCCCAAGGGAACGGACUUUACCACGCAGGAUGGGAAGAUGAAGUGGCCUGGCUUCUGGAUAGCGGCGGAUAGCGGUGGCGAGCUUCCUGGUUUGGGGGGAAGAGUAGAGGUUGAGGUCUUGAAUAGCAAGGAGGAUGACUUGAUGCAGCUCCUGCAGAAACACGGCAUCGAUAUCUCUGAGUUCACCUGGCAAAGUUUCGCUGAGCUCUACACGGAGGUUUAUGAGGAGAGUUUGUCCACUGUGGACGUGGAAGAGGACCAGUUGGUUCGACGAGUGAGCAUUGUCAAGGUUUGGCUGGAAGCGAAUGUCUUCAACGAGAAGCAUGUAUUGGUCAUCAAGACCAAGCAGCAGAGAGGGCGGACGCAGAACUUCCGGAAGCUCCGGACCUUGUCGAUGCGCAUGCGCUCGCUGCAGACCUGGAAUGAAGCUGUGGCCGAGGCGCUCUUCCUGCGGCUGGGCAUUUCGGCACAACAGCAGCAAGAGACCUUGCAUAUCUACUUGCUAGAGACGCGGGAGGAGGCCGCACGCUUUGCACGGUUUGGUGGGGUGGAAUUCUCUGUGAGCUUUCCUGGCCUCAAGACGGUGUACACCAUCAGUGAGGUCCAGUGCGAGAUCUUGAACCCUCAGGAUCAGAGAUGGCAGUCCAUCGGUUUGCCCGCAGCCAACGACUUCACCUUCUCCCGUCAGGAGCCUAUUGCCAAGACCGGAGAGUUCGACACGGUGAUCACCAGGUGGGGCUGGACCAAUUCGGCAGAGGUGGAGCAGCUGUGGCCCUGCCCUUUCGAUGGGGCACCGAUCGCAAGGGUGGACUCCAAUGACUUGCUGCAGAAGAAGGUGGUGCCUCCGGAGCCUUUGCCUGUCAGCGGGGCCUUCAGAGAACUGCUGGAACAGGUGGUCAUUUCACUGUCGGGAAAGCUUUGGCAGCUUUGGGAUCAGACUUCGCACCUGUUGUCAUGUGGCAAAGACGAACUCCUCAUCAUGAGAGAGCGGCCCUCAGAUCGAAGUGACGAGUCGGUGCGGAGCACCGCGGCAGAGGUCAUGGACGGCAAACAGACGGACUGGGCGAGGGCUCGUCGAGCCGCUGAACACAUCCGCAGUGCGAACUACAACACCAAGGAAGGGGACUUCUAUGAGGACUUGGUGGCCGCGUUUCCAGAGCUGCGACUCUAUUGUGCCCGGUGCCUCAGAGCUGAGCUUCGCCUCAGAGUGGUGCGCGAGAACGGCGGCCAUGGCGUGCUAUUGCCCUCCUUGUCGACCUUGACCACCUCGGCGAGCCGGACAGGUGAAGAUGAAUAUCAGCGCACCAUUGGAGCGCUGUUUUGCAUCUUCUGGCUGAUGCGGACCCACCUGGACGGCAAGGAGUCCUUCUGCUUCGGCCUGGAUGAUGACUGGAGGCCUCGAAAUAAGACGCACUUCAAGGACGGGGCGGAGUACAAGAAGCGGAAGCUCUUCUAUGAGAAGACAGACUGGGCCGCCAUCGAAGCGCUUUUCGUCUUGGGCCCCAGCGCUUCCGUUGGAGCAGGUUUGCUUCACAAGGCGGGUGGCGCGCAUGAUAUAGACAGGACCUUGGCCAUGCUAGUGCUCAUGACCAUUCACGAUGUCAUGAAGCUCGACAUCCUGCGGCCCACCGUUGGCUGCGGCGAGUUCAGUGGCUAUCGCAAUGGGGAGCCCAUCGGCGAUCAUGACCUGGCCUUGAGCUAUGUGCCAUGGCCAGGGGACGUACUGGAUCGAUGUCCACAAGCCUUGCCCUCCUUCGCCGGCUUGGCGCCGGCCAUGCAGGAGAGCAUCAAGUUCACCCACUGCAAGCUGGACUACAACAUGGGCUGGCUGGUCCAGGCAGAAGCACCUCCAGGGGCUCUCUUCAAGGCCUUCCGCCAGGUGGUGCUCGCGGGCGCCGCCUCCGACCGGAAAUCCGCGAGCGACAUCGCUUUCUACUUUGUCCACUGGUUCUCGGACCUGGCGGGGGCGGAAGCCUUCCCAUUGCAAGGAUGUGAAAAGUUUGUCUUGAAGUUCCCUCUGCACGUCCUGAGCAGCUUCAUCGAUUCCUUCGCGGUGGUCUGGAAUUUGGGGCCGAAAACCGAAACAGAGGUCUUCGAGGACUACUUGGUGUGGCGCUGGAACCACAUGAGCACCAAGAUGGGCACGACACCCUCGGGCACUGGGGCCAUCGCUAAGAUGCGUCUCGUAGGGGUCGCCCAGUCUGGUCAGACCGCCGGAGGAAGGGUGCCUUCUCAGACCGCGUGGCUUUGUCCAUCAAGUCCAUCAGCACAAAGUGGGCUUCACAUGUGGUGGGUUUGGGUUCAUGGGCAAACACCUCCUGAUCCAGAGAGGUCAUCCCGCGUCAGGUCGUGA